AUGUCCAACUGGGGACCUGGCGUGGCAGCCUUUGCCGACAGUGUUGUCCUCGCCGCCGUCCAUCAGUUCCAGGCUGUUGCUGCCUCUCGCAUCGAUGAGCUCUGCAGGAGCAUUGUCGAUCUUCCAGCGGCGCAUGUGCUGGGCAAGGGCGCAGAUCCCGAGGUUGAGCACGUGCUCGCCGCCAUCACUGUCGUGGCUCGACACGGCUUCAAUCACAUUCUUGCCCUCCUCCUUCAGUGGCGGACUUCUGCGCUCGCCGGCCCGGAUCCCGAUGUCCUUCCGCGUCGCCGUGCUCUGGCUGUCGACUUUAUCUUUGCCCGCGCUCUCCUCAUGGUCCUCGACGCCAUGGACCUCGAUACCGCGCUGCUGGACAACGACUCGGACGUGGAGCUGACUGACCACAUUGUGGCCCAUCCCAUCGACAACGUCUCCCGCCUCGUCGAUCUUCUUCUCUCCGAGCUGCACUUUUGUGGCGUCUUCUUUGACACCCCGCCCGUCGUCACCGCCGAGGUUGAGGAGGCCCAGCUCGCUGUUCUGUUUGCCCGUCUCAUCGGCAAGCUCUCGGCCUGGCGCGAGUCUGAAAUCAUGACCAAGGUUGCGUCCAUUCCGGGGCCAUCCCCGGCCCUCAUUGCAGGCAUCCGCUUCAUACGUCUCGACGUCUCCACCGCUGCCGCUCUCCAGCGGACGCGUGCCUUUCUUCUUGACUUUGCCUCGGCUGCCCUAGCCUCGGACGACACCUCGCUCGCCUCUGCCACCUGCCUUGCCCUUGUUGACCUCGUCUCCCCGCUUCCGGCAUGCAUCGACCGUGGCGCGGCCUUGCGCGACGACUCGAGCGGUCUUGACGAGGUCACCAUUGCCUUCUUUCCGGUCCUGGCAUCCCUCGCUGCCGCUCCGGCCGUACCCGGCACUCCUGCUGGAGUCCUUGCUUCUCGCGCCCUCGCGGCCUCAGUCCAGGUUCUUGCCGUCUCGUCACCGCAGCUCUUCAUGGACAAGGUGACGCUGCUCAUUGCUGCCCUUGCUGCCGCUGCUCGUCAGCGGACCUCUGCCGCGUCCGCCCUUCUCGGCCUCGCCCAGCUUGCCUGGCUCAGCACAGCGCUCGAUGCCCUCCUGGAAGCUCUUCUCGACGACCGCGUCCAUCUUGUUGUCGACGACGCGUCUCACGGGCUCCCAUCAUCCGACGCGGUCACUCUGCUGGUCAUUCUCGCCCACGCGCGCCGUGACUGGCUCCUUGGCUCCGUGCUUGGCGAGACGCUUCUUGCGCCGUCGGCCUCGCCGCAGCAUGCUCUUGUUGGUCUUCUCACCCUUCGAGCUCUACUCGCUCCAAAGUCACCCAACCUCGGGCUCCGGUACCCGUCCGACCGUGCCGCAUCAGCAUCGGCCACCGAGGCUGUGACCGGCGUUGGCACGCUCGCAGCCACGACGCGGUUCCCUACCUACCCUUCGCUCGUCCGCGCCCAAGACGCCGACGCGCUUGGCUGGCUGCCCUCGACUUUUGCUGCCGCUCUCGACUCGGCCUCAGCCUCGACCUCGUCGCCGGCAUACCUUCUUGCUCUCCUCGACGCGCUUCCGCCGCUUCUUACGCACUGCCCGGAGUUGAUUGCUUCGGUGCCACAGCUUCCAGCCUUUGUCAUCUCACUCCUCGACGCACCGACCUCUGCCGUCGCGGUCGCCGCCUGCGACAUGAUUGCCUCACUAACCGAGGCUCAGCCCUCGCUACGACCGCCGAUUUUUGCCGCUCUUGUUGCCGCUGCAGACGCCAGCUUGGUUCUCGACCGCCCGCUUCCUCCGGCGUCUCCGAUCCAGGCGCUCGGCGCUUCCGUUGCCGCAUGGCUUCGUGGCCUCGCCGAGGAGGCAACCUGGUCGUUUGACUGUCCUAACUCGGGUGGGCACUCGUCCGACGACUCGUUCGAGGCUGCCCGCGCUCAUGCCCGCAUGGACUUUCACACGCCGGAAGCGCUCGGUGUUCUCCUCCUCUGCUCACCCAUUGCCUCGAACCGGGUUGCCGGCCUCGACAUGCUUCAUGCCCUUCGCGAGCUUCACAACGCGCUCUUUGCCUCGUUUGACAAUCUGCUCUCUGAUGACGACGGACCCGCUGGUAAUCUCUUUGGCGCCGCGUCGAUGAAGAUGGCCUUUAUGGACGUCAUCGAUGAGCUCGACUCGGUCCUAGUCGCUCGCGCUACACCGGCGGCGCCAGCUGCUGCGCCAGCUGCUGUACCACUCUCUCGCCCUUCGGUUGCCCUCUCGUCACGAUCUGUCGAUGGCCAGCUCAACUCGGGCUUUUGGAUGCCGACCGAGCCACCGCCGUCUGCGCUUGGCCUCUCGCACUUUGUGCUUCAUGGCGCAGGGCCGGCACCUGCUAUCCACACCACGCUUGCGUCCGAGGCCGACGCCUCGCUCAAGCGCAACACCGAGGGCGCCUCGCUUCGAUCUGCCGCACCUGCCACCACAUUUUCCCAUCUUAUCGAGGCUCGCGACUCUCGUGCCCAGGCGCAGUGGACGCUGCUCCUUGGCCAGUUGGCGUCAACUGCCGUCGAGCUUGUUCCGGGCCUCGUCGACGACAUCUGGGCUGCCAUCGCAUCACGGCUUCCAUUUGUGGUGGCACACUUGUCGUCUCCCGACGUGGGUGCUACUCCGGCCUCGGCCGCCAUCGUGGGCCUCUUCCGCAACUUUCUCAUGUUUGCUUCUGCCGCGGGCCACGCUGUCCCGCUUGUUUGGGCACAUGGCACCGAACAGCCGCUUCUUGCACUGGAGGACACGCCGUUUACGGACCUCUCGGCCGCGCCGUCGUUUGCCAUCGAGCCGCCGUCGGACGUUGUUGAGCUUCUUGUCGCCCUCACUCCGCUCCUCACCGCGCGCUCGCCGCAUGUCCGCCUUGCGGUCUCAGUCUCACUCGGCUCCAUCCAUCGGGCCUCGGUCGACGUUCUUCUCUCUGUUCUCGCCGAGUUUGAGGAUGCGUGGCGCUCGCUCUUUGCCGCGCUUCUCACCACAAAGUCCGAGCUGGUCAACGUUGCGCCGGACGAGAGCGCGCUAGCUUCUGCCGAGCUCCCUGCCGGCAUACUCAACUUUACCGCCACGCACGCGUGCUACGCGCCACCGCUCGCGCUUCUCUCCAAGGUGGCCCAAGUCUAUGUCCGGCUCAUCGCCAACCAAGGCGUGGCUUUUUUCGUGGCUUCAGGCGCAGCUGGCGCUGAUGCCGAGCUUGACAAUCUCAUGGCCAACUUUGCUGAUGAGCUUGACAACUCGCAUCCGGCGUCUCCACGCCAGAUCGGGGGCAAGUCGUCGGCAAGUCGUCUCUCGUCGUUCACACUCUUCCUGCUGGAGCUGCUCACACUCCUUCGCUUCGAGUACUCAUGGGAGCUGCACAUGCUCCGCCUGGCGUUCUGCAAGCUCGCAGGAUGCGCCGUUCAGGUUGAGGGUGUUGUUGAGGGCGGCAUCGGCUGGGGCCCCACCCAGCGCGCGCGUGUUUUUCAGCUUGCCCACGAGUGGGUUGGUUUUGGCGACAAGUAUGAAGAGUACAUGGCCCUGGUGUCGCCGUCGGUCAAGGUCACGCUCGCGGCGAGGUUUGCGUCGGAGGAUGCCCGAUCCGCGGCCCGGAUGAGGGUCGGCGCUGCUAUGGAGGAGCUCUCACAGGCUGCACUGCACACCCAGGCGCUCAUGCUCAGCGGCCCGCUGCUGGACCUGCCUGAGGACAGCGUCGUCUCGUGGAUCUGUGAGGGGCUGACAUCCGAGUACGCAGCAUACCAUGCUGCCGGCGAGCUUGGCCUCGAGCUGCUCCUCACGACCAACGCCGACGAUUUGCGCGUGUGGCAUCUGGCAGUCCGGGCCGCGUACUCGCACAUUGACGACGUGGCAAGCGCUUUCUUCGCCCGCCUCGCCGGCAUGCUCCAGGACGCGUUUCCGGCUGCCGAUCCCGAGGCGCGCUCGGCCUUUGCGCUCGCCCACGAUCCGGCACCGCUUGUAGUGCUCGGACUUGUCAAGACGGUAGCGCCGGUCAAGCACGUUCGCAAGCUCGCGGCCACCUUUCUCAAGAAUUUGUAUGGCCUUCUCGCCGACGGCGAGGACUUGUUCCGGGACUCGGGCCUCGACAUUGUCGGCGUCCUCACUGUUCUCCCAACUGCCCACAUUCAAGCUGCAGUCCAGCUCUCGGCCCAGUUUGCCUGUCGACUGGGUAACCCGCUUGCGCAGCGGAUGAUCCACGGCAUGCUGGAUGCCAUGGAGGCGCUGGGCAUGAAGUCGCGCGACGUGCCUCUGCAGGCUGUCCUCGCCGAGGUGCUUGUGCCUUGGCUCGAGCUCGGCGGAGCUUCACUGACCGAGGUCUUUGGCGGAAGCGCCGAGGCGGCUGCUGCUGUUGUUGACCAUCUUGUGCAUGUUUCGCUGCUGGCGACGUCGUCGAUGGACUCGAUGAAGCUCUGGGCCGGCCUGCUUGGCUCGGGCGUCAACCUGUACGAGACGCGGCAGAUGGACGUCUCGUUCUUUUCGGUAGCACUUGCUGUUGUGGCCCAGGCUGUUGCUGUUGCUCCUACGAUUGUGGUCGACGUCCUCGUUGCCAUGAUCAAGGACGGAUGGGUGAUCGAGUCGCCCGACAUGGACGAACUCCAGCUCGAUGCUGAAGAGAUUGGGAAGCUAGUGGCACGGGCCACACUCUCGCUCCAGCUCCUCAAAGAGGUCGCGCUGCUUGUGCCGGACCAGCUCGACGGGCAUGUUGCGCUGCUUCUGCACGCUACCCUUAUCUGUGGCGAUCAUCCCGAGGAGAACGUGUCCAAGUCUGCAAGCUCGCUCCUCUGCAACCUGCUCUACUCAAAAGUGGUCAACGUCCUGAGAUGGGUCGAGGCCGAUGACGACGAGGAGGCUGUUGCUCGCCGCGAGACUGCGCUCGACAUCAUCGAGCACGUGCAGACGUCGGGCAGCAGUCAACUGUGGGAGUACGAGGAUCUCUCGCUCUCGCGCCGGAGCCUGGCAUCGACACAGCAGCUUUCAAUGCUCGUGGAGCAGCUUGUUCACGUCCUCAAUCUCACGCCACGCGAGGUGACCAAGUGGGCACGGGUCUCACUCAAGUGGGCUGGCUCGUGCAUGGUGCUGCAUGCUGCGGCGCGCUCACUGCAGAUCUUCCGCGCUCUUCGCCCAACCGUCUCACUUGACUACGUCGGCGACCUAACGCGGAUUGCCGGCCAGCACGUGGCGUCGCGCGCGAGCCUCAAGACGGCUGUGGUCAUUGAGGCGAUCCGCACUGCGGGGGUGGUUCUCGACUCUGCGCUCUGCGAUGGCACGGGCUCGGUGGUGUCUGAUGUGGUGACCGGGGUGUGGGGCAUGGCGCUUGGGCUGCUCUUUGUCGAGUCGGCUGAGAUUUUUGUCGAGGCUGUGGCGCUCUUGGGCGCUGCCGCUGACGCACCGCUGGAGGUUCUGAGCGGCGUGGUCAACGCUGUGCCGUCAGGCCGGCUUCCAGCCAUGCGGCCGCUUAUGCGGCGCAAGAAGGCCAAGGCAAAAGCCAGAGCAAAGGCGAAAGCGAAGGCCAGGGCUAAGGCCAAGGCCAAAGCCAAGGCGCAUGGUAUGGGUGGCAACGAGGGCCUACCACCGAAGCUUGGUGGUGGAAGCUUUGCUAUCUUUGACGAGUCGGUACUUGAUGAGUCUGGACUGGGGCUUGAAGUCGACGAUGGCAGUGAGUCUGGCGAGUCGAGCAGCAGCAAUGCGGCUGAGGCUGUCACUUGCCGCGGCGAAGCAGGCUACGGACUUGGCAGUGACGAGAGCGGCGCAGACAGUUUUGGGUUGGUCGACGGUGAGUUUGUGGGCAUUGUGCCGCUCCUACUCCGCGGCAUUGACUCUGUUGUGGAGCUCGAAGCGCGGCGUGUGAUGGCGACAGGGUGCAAGCUUGCGAGGGUGUGCAUGGAGCUGGGGGCACCAUUCCUGCUGGGGCCGAGCGACGAAUCCGGGGUUGCGCUUACGCUCGGCGCGCUCCCGCUCCUUGUGAGCGGGUUUGAGGGCGAGGAAGCACGAUCGGCGGAGGACGAGCGGCGGACCGAGGCUGCGGUGGGCGUUGCGGGCGAGCUCGGACAGCUGUGGGGCGAGGUGUGGGCUGAGAUCCACGGCGAGAGUGGGUAUGUGCUUGGGCAGGUACUCGAAGCGUAUGUGGAGCGCGAGUUUGUGAGCGCCGAGGGGUUUAUGGACCACAUGUGGGAUGCACUGCUGGUUGUGCCCACGGUGCGAGCAGGGCUCAACGGGGCACUGGCGCUGCUGAGCCAUUGGACGCAACAUUCUGUCCGCGAGUACACCUCACCGCUGCUGGCGUUGCUGGGGCGGCUACUGGCGAGUGACCGGAUGGAGACGCUCGUGAACGUUGUGAACGAGAGCGGGUGGAAUGCGCUGAGUCCACUUGUGCACUCGCUUCCGCACACGAUGACCGACGAGGCGCUGCGGAUCAUGGAUGUGGUGCUCGAGGCGCGGACACUGUGCUCGACGGAGAGCGGCAGCGAGGAGGCUGCGGCGCUCCCGGUGGUGCUGUCGUUCCGUUAUCCGCGGGCACAGGAGGUGGGGCGUGUGCUGCUGGCGCACGCGGCUCGGAUUCAGCCAGAUAAGGGUCGGCGGGUGUUCAAGUCACGGCUUCCAGUGUUGUGUGUCCACGACGGUGGCUCGCCAGGUGGCGAGACGGGCUCGACCGGCGGCGAAGGCGACGAGUCGCUGAAUGCGUCGCUUGUGCUCGGUGGGCGCGACGAGCUCGACUUGCUCGUGGCGGACGAGUACGGGGCGGGUGUGUCCGACGACUCGUCGUUUUUCGUGGAGGCACUGUCGACGGUCCGCGGGAAGCCUGCCCAGUACGGGCUCAAGGAUGCCGAGGUGGAUGUGGCGCUGCUGAGCGGUGCGGUUGCCGAGGCGUACCAGGUUUGGGGCGGGCUGUUGUGCGGGCAGGAGAGUGAGCUCACCCGCGUGCUGAUGGUGUUUGUGGCGGCAAGCAACGUGAUGGGCGCACUCGAGUCCGAGUUUAGCCAGCGGAUGGAUGCGCUGGAGCGUGUGGCCGGCAGCGACGAGGUGGCGUCGCGGCGGCUGGCGUUCUUUAAGGUUGCACACGGCCUGUUCUCGAACGCGCUGUUUGAGGCGCCGCUGGCAGCCGAUGCCAGCAGCUUGAAGGCAGCGGCAGCAGCACUCGAGGCGCGGGCGCCUGAAGAGCGCGAGGCAUGGAUGGAAGCUGUGUGGCGCGCGGCAGCGACGCUUGACGACCGGGUCCUCGCCGCCGCCGGCUGGGCUGAGGAGACCCACAAGGUGACCGAGGUGUACACCCAGAUGUGUAGUCUGGGCGAGCUGCUCCCUGCUGAAGAGCACGGGCCGCAGGUGGCGGCGAUCGGAGCACGGCUCUGCCUCGCCGUCGGCGAGGAGCAGCACGCACUCGUGGUUGCCCUUCGGGCAUCGGUCCAGCUCCAGCGAUGGGCCGAGGCGGUGGUGCGGACCGACGACGGGGCGGCGAGUCUGCUGGAAGUCCAGCUCGACAAGAUUGACCAGGUUGUGGAGCGAAACCGGGUGCUUGUCGACGCGUUGAAGGAGGCCGAGGCCGGACGCAGGUAA